AUGGCGGCGGCGUCGACGACGCGGGUCCUACCGGACGGGCGGCGCGCGCGAGGACGCCGGACGAGGCGGCGCGGACGCGCGGCGCGCGCGGCGGCGGAGGUGGUGGACGUCGACGAGCGAGGCUUGGCGCGGGCGCUGGAGCGACAAGGGCUGCGCUUGGGCGAACGCGUCGAUCAGGGGUCGUUUGCGGUGGUUUAUAAGGCGACGAGCGCGGGGAUGCGUGGGGGGGAUGAGACGUCUUGGCAGGGGGCGGAGGGGACGCUGCACGCGGUGAAGAUUUUGAGCGCGACGGCGUCGACGGUGAGUUCUCGGCGCGAUUUUAAGCGAGAGGCGACUCUGCUGACGCGAGUGAAUCACCCGGGGAUCGUCAAGGUGCAACACUACGACGAGACGCCUCAACCGUACAUGGUGACAGAGUUUUGCACGAGUGGGAAUUUGUGGAACGCGCUUCGCGCCGAGGAAAUCAAGGCGACGCGGUUCGCCGGCGCGAGCGGUUCGCCGGCGCCCGUGCCCGAAGAAAUGCCUUUGCUCGACUUUCCCACGCUCAUGAAAGAUGUGGCGGAUGCGCUGACGUAUUUACACACCGCCGGGUUCGCCCACCGCGACAUCAAGACGGCAAACAUUUUGCUCACCUGGUCGUCGGAGCUGAACCGCUUGCAAGCCAAGCUGUGCGAUUUCGGGAGCGCGGCGCCCGUGUCUAAAAUGCCUCGUCGCCCGAAGCGCGGGGCCGUGGAGAAGGCGUUAGGUUUAGGUAAAGGUUGGCAACCGGUCGGUACGAUGCUUUGGAUGGCGCCCGAGAUGCUUCGGCCUCCCAUCGUCGGCGAAGAGUUGGAGGGAUUCGGCGGCGACAAAUCAGACAUCUACGCGCUCGGCGUCGUCUUGUGGGAAUGCUUGGAGUGGCGCGUACCUUGGAUGGGCGACGGCACGCCCACGCGCGCGAGAGUUAUAGAGGAAGUCGUCGACAACGGUUCGCGACUACGUGCGGGCGAUAGGUCGAGCCAGGCUGUGACGUCUCUUUUGGACGGCAUGUUCAAGACGGUGCCCGCGCAGCGACCGUCUGCGUCGCAAGUCUCCAACUCGCUCUCCGCGAUACAAAAGCGUUGGGACGGAGCCGGUAUGUUCGACUACGUGAGUCAAAUGGCGAUCACGCGAGCUACCGAGGUAGCGAGCUUGCUUGAAAGCACGUCGAUCGAUAAAGACACGCAAAGCGUCAUUGAAAAGGAAGCGCGCGCCGUCGCUGGUGGCGGGGGUGAAGACGAGGAUGCGGUCGAGGAAUCCGCGACGGAGUCUGGGCAAACGAUCGAAGCAUCAGAUUUGUCCGAAGCUGUGCAGUCGUUCAGGCCGACCGCGAGCGCUGAAGAGCGAGGUGAAGACGAACUCGACGGGACGACGGCGAAACAACUCACACGCACCGAGGAGACGAGAAUUAGACUCACAGACAUCGAUCCGGAGACGUGGUUAGGCGAGCCGGGCACGCUCGAUUCUGACUUACUGUGCGAAAAUUUGCUCAACAUGAUUUUCCCGCACAUCCUUGACGCACAAUUCACUCCUGAAAUGGCGGACGAGAUGGCGAAGGGAAUCGAAGAGUUACAAUCGCUCACUCAAAAAUUCAACGAGUUGAAGCGCAGAUCACGCACGGAUCCUUUCGCCGCGCUAGCCACAGAUUCGAAAGGCCGUGAAGUCAAGAGAAUGACGAGCAAAAUAGAAAGAAUCGAAGUUGAAGCGCAAGUUGCGGCGUGGGAUAAGACGCGCACAGUCUUGCGCGAGCAACAAAAGAGAGCAGACGAAGAGUAUAGUUCGUGGAGGCGGGCGCUUCGCAAACUCGGGUGA